AGGCAGCUGCUUUCUCCUCCUCCUCCUCCUUUUCUUCUUUCUCCUUCCUCCUCUCCCUCUCUCCUCCUCCUCCUCCUCUUCCACCUGGCGAUGGGCACCAAGGGCCUGAUCCUGCCUCCCUUAUUCCUCCUCCUCCUCCUCUUCCUCCUUCCCUUCUUCCUCUCCUCUCUUUCCUCCGGAGCCAGCCUGGGAAGAAGAAGCCAAAGGAAAAGGAGCAUCAUCUCGGGGUCUCCUUUGGGGGCUCUUGGGACCCAAAGAGAGGCCAAGAAAUUCCUGGAGAAAUACGGCUACUUUGAGUCUACUCCGGAUGAUGAUGAUGAUGAUGAUGGGGAAUUAUCAAAAGCCAUCCGGGAAUUCCAGUGGGUUUACCACUUGCCCCCCACCGGAGCCCUCGAUGCCCCAACCAUGCACCGCAUGCGCCUCCCCCGAUGCGGGACGGACGAUGCCAAGAGCCAUGCCGCGUGGAAGGAGCGCAUGGGGGGCCUGCUCUCUGGACGGAGGGCCCAGAAGAGGCGCGGGAGACGGGACCUCCAUCAAAGUGGCAAGUGGUACAAGCGGCACCUGACCUACCGGCUGGUCAACUGGCCCUGGUACUUGCCCCAGCAGCAGGUCCGGUGGGCCGUGAAGGCCGCCUUUGAGCUCUGGAGCAACGUCUCCUCCCUGGUCUUCUGGGAGGCUGCGGGGGACCUGGCUGACAUCCGCCUGACCUUCUUCCAUGGGGACCACAAUGACGGGCUGGACAACGCCUUCGACGGACCCGGAGGUGCCCUGGCGCACGCCUUCUUCCCGCGUCGAGGGGAGGCGCACUUCGACAGCGACGAGCGCUGGGCGCUGGACGGUGGGAAGGGCCGCAGCCUCUUUGUGGUGGUGGCCCACGAAGUCGGCCAUACGCUGGGCCUGGAGCACUCUCCGGUCCGGGGGUCCCUCAUGUCCCCUUAUUACAAGAAGCUGGGCAAGGACUUUGUCCUCAACUGGGAUGACAUCCUGGCCGUCCAGAACUUGUACGGCAAACCUUCCCGAGGAUCCGUGGUCCAGCUUCCAGGAAAGCUCUUUGCCCAUUUCCAGGACCGGUGGCCGGAUCUUGAGGGUCAUCUUGAGCGUCCGGAGGGCAACCUCAGCGCCCAUUACUGCUGGUCCUUUUUCGAUGCCAUCACCACAGAUCCCAAAGGCAACGUUUUGGUCUUCAAAGGCGGCCAUUACUGGACCGUCUCCAAGGGAGGAGAAAGCAGUGGUCCGCAGCUCCUCCAAGCCGGCUGGCCGGGGCUGACGUCCACCAUUGACGCUGCGGCCUUUUCCGAGGAAGACGGGAAAUUAUACUUCUUCAAAGGUGGCCGAUGCUGGCGCUACAAGGGUCCCUUGCUGGAAAGUGGCUUCCCCCGGAAGUGCAGUGCUGCCGGAGACCUCCCUCGCCACCCGGACACAGCCCUCCACUUCCGUCCGCUCCACCAACUGGUCCUUUUCAAGGGCCCCAAAUACUACGUAGUGGACCAGGAGUCCCUCCGGCUGGAGCCCUACUAUCCCAGGACCCUGAGGGACUGGGGGGGCGUCCCGGCUGUGGCCAACGGGGCCCUCACCCGUCCGGACGGAUCCGUCUACUUCUUCCGAAACGACCGCUUCUGGAAGUUCAACCCGGAGAAGCUUCAGGUGGUGGAGAGCGGGAGGUGGGCUCCUCGGCUCCCUUGGCUUGGCUGCCAGGAUGCGGCCCUCAACCGAGCCCCGCUCUGACCCUUCCUCAGAAACCCUCUUGUUAUUGUUGUUAUUAUUAUUAUUUUGUGGUGGUGUUUCGUUGCAAAUGUCCCAAAGGUUCGAGUAUUUGAGCCAUUUGCUUUCCAGUUUGGUCUCUAGCGGGUUACAAAAGAACACCUCCUAAACUGAUUAAAGAAGGACCAAACCAGUUUAGAAGACAUUGGAGAUGCAGUCCCUCUGGAGUAAAACUGUUUUGUGGGGAGGAAAGGAACCAACAUUAGACCCAAAUGUUAAAUCUUUGUGCAAUGCAUGGAUUGGAAGAAGUUGGGAUUAGAAGAAGAGACCCAUAUGAGCAUCAGCCUCCUUUCUCCAACAUUACUCUGGUAACCACUCGUUCCGCUUGGACUCUUUUCUCCUGCCUCUGUUCCCAAGAUGGAUGCCACCGAAAGGACAAAAUGGGGGGCCUCCUCCUCUUCCGCUAAGCCUGGCCAUCGACUUGAACUUCCGUCUCAGGAUCUCGGAUUACUGUCCAGCAGGCGAUGUUGCCUCUAUGGAACAAGAGGUGCGCAGAAUGGCUCCCGAUGCCUGACUUUGGGUAGACGCAACUCUCCAGUCGCCUUGGCAGAGCUGGGUGGCCAUUUUGCAGAACGUGGACAUGAUAAUGCAGCAUUCCUGGACUGUUUCUUUCUGUGUCCAAAGUGUUUUCAUAACCUCAGUCUGGCCAUGGCAUGGAGAAAAGAUAAAGGACGACUGCGGUGAAACAGGGAGCUGAAUCGGAGGCUUUGCUGGAGCAACGCAACCCAUGUUCCACAGACUCUUUUGGACAAAUACCUCAGACAAACCCUUGCAUUUGGCUGCCUUUUGCAGAACCAGUGGCUUUGUAUUCCUCCACUUUGGGAGGCGGUGCUUUUGAUUUUAAGCCAUUAUUAUUAUUAUUAUUAUUACUACUACUACUACAAGGGUGAAAACCUAAGACCCUGGGACGACAUCUGGUCCGUUUGGGUUCCUAAUUCGGUCCCCUGGGCUUCCUCCAUUGCUGCGUCCUUUGGGGUUUUAAAGCUUUUGCAUGUUUCCUCCUUCCCACUUCUAAAAGAAGGUUGCAAUGUCCCUCCUAAAGCCCUAAAGUUACUCUUGGCAAGAGCUUGGAGAGAGAAAAUGGCCCUCUCCAAAAUGGAGCUUGGCCCCAGGUUGGAAGGGGUUGCCCAUUCUUGCAUUGGCACAAAGGCAGGCAGCUGCUUUCAGAGCCACAAUAAAACUCAAAGCAAAGCUUGGUUUUUGGA